AUGGAGUCUCUAGUUCUUCAACUCCAUGAAAUCUCAGCUGUCAAAUUUGGCAAUUUCAAGCUCAAAUCUGGGAUCUCCUCACCAAUCUACAUAGACCUCCGCCUUGUUAUCUCUUACCCUUCUGUCCUCCGGAAUGUUUCUCAAACUCUUAUUUCCUCUGUCUCUUCCACUUCAUUUGACCUUGUCUGCGGUGUCCCGUACACUGCUCUUCCCAUUGCCACUUGUGUGUCCAUUACCCGGAACAUCCCCAUGGUCAUGCGCCGCAAGGAAAUCAAAGAUUAUGGUACUUCUAAAGCCAUUGAAGGUGAUUUCAGGCAUGGACAAAGUUGCUUGAUAAUUGAGGAUCUAGUUACAAGUGGCACAUCAGUUUUGGAAACUGCUGCGCCACUGCGUGCUGCAGGGUUGAAGGUCAGUGAUGCUGUUGUUUUGAUUGAUAGAGAGCAAGGCGGGAGAGAGAAUCUGGAGAGUAAUGGAAUCAAGCUGCAUGCAAUUCUUAAAUUGACUGAAAUGGUGGAAAUUUUGAGGGAAAAAGGAAAGCUCAAUGAGAAAAUGCAAGAGGUUGUUUUGAGAUUCUUAGAAGAGAAUCAGAAGAUUGCUGCUUUGGCUACAAGAACAAAGUUCAAGGCCUUUCCGUUUUUGAAAAGGGCUAAAUUGUCCAUGAAUCCAACAGGAAAGAGGUUGUUUGAGAUAAUGGCUGAGAAGGAGAGUAAUCUGUGUUUGGCUGCAGAUGUUGCAACUGCUGCUGAAUUACUUGAAAUUGCUGACAAGGUUGGGCCUGAGAUAUGCUUGCUGAAGACACAUGUCGAUAUUUUUCCAGAUUUUACACCUGAUUUUGGUUCUAAGCUUCGUUUGAUUGCAGAAAAACAUAACUUCUUAAUCUUUGAGGAUCGUAAGUUUGCUGACAUUGGUAACACAGUGACCAUGCAGUAUGAAGGAGGGAUCUUCCAUAUAUUGGAUUGGGCUGACAUAGUGAAUGCUCACAUUAUAUCUGGUCCUGGAAUUGUGGAAGGACUGAAGUUGAAGGGUUUGCCUCGUGGAAGGGGUCUACUGCUCCUUGCUGAAAUGAGUUCAAGUGGUAACCUUGCCAAGGGCGAUUACACCACUGCUGCGGUGAAAAUCGCUGAGGAUCAUUCUGACUUUGUUAUUGGCUUCAUCUCAGUCAAUCCAGCAUCAUGGCCUCGGGCACCUGUAAAUCCCUCUUUCAUUCAUGCAACUCCUGGAGUUCAAAUGGUGACUGGUGGUGAUGCUUUAGGGCAGCAAUAUAACACACCAUAUUCUGUUGUCCAUGAUAGGGGUAGUGACAUCAUCAUAGUGGGUCGUGGCAUCAUCAAGGCCAAAAUUCCGGGUCAGGCAGCUCGUGAAUAUCGUCUUCAAGGAUGGUAUGCAUAUUUGGCCAAGUGCAGCGAAAGCCUGUAG